UGCCACCUACGCCCCGCAUUUGGGGAGGUCGGACGGGAGCCAGAGUUGUAAAGAAAACCGUGCUUCUUUACCUCUUUGGGCUCCACUAGCAAAUGUGUAUUGAAGGGUUGGCAAAUAAUUGACAUUGGCUCCAGCCAUGGCUGCUGCUGCUGCAGGACUGUUUGCUCUGCUGAGGAGCCCUGGGAAGCUAAGAUGGAAUGCAUAUCCCUAUGUAAACGCUUGGAUGACCCACCCCUGCAUCUUUAAAUCUUCCAAACCAGAACCUUUACCGAACCUAUCCAAAGAUGUGGUAACUCACGUUCCACUUCACACAUUUACAGAAGAGGAGAUAAUGAUUAAAGAAAUGGUAAAAAAGUUUGCACAAGAGCGAGUUGUACCAUUAGUACAAAAAAUGGAUGAGGAGGCAAAACUGGAUGAAUCUUUACUAAAAGGGCUAUUUGAACAAGGGCUGAUGAGUAUUGACCUUGAUCCAGCAUAUGGAGGCACUGGGGCUUCUUUCUUUUCUACCAUUCUGGUGGUUGAGGAGCUGGCCAAGGUUGAUCCAUCUGUAUCACUUGUGUGUGAACUCCAGAAUACAUUCAUCAACAAACUGCUUACAACUUACGGCACAGAAGAACAAAAGAGAACUUAUUUGCCCAGAUUGUCAAAAGAUAUGAUGGGCAGCAUUUGCCUUACAGAGCCGGGAUCAGGCAGUGAUGCAUUUUCCUUGAAGACUUGUGCUGAAAAGAAGGGGGACUACUAUAUCAUCAAUGGGUCAAAGAUGUGGAUUAGCUUUGCUGAACAGGCAGGAGUGUUUUUUGUGAUGGCAAAUGCAAAUCCUUCUGCAGGCUAUAAAGGAAUUACAUGCUUCAUAGUAGACCGUAACACAGAAGGCUUGCAUGUGGGAAAGAAAGAGAAUAAACUUGGGAUCAGAGCAACAUCUACAUGUCCCGUAACAUUUGAAAAUGUAAAGGUUCCAGAGAGCAAUAUACUGGGGAAGUUUGGACAUGGCUAUAAAUAUGCAAUUGAAAUGCUCAAUACAGGAAGGAUUGGGAUAAGUGCCCAGAUGCUGGGAUUAGCACAGGGAUGUUUUGACCAAACUCUCCCAUAUACAAAGCAGAGGAACCAAUUUGGGAAAAGCAUAUUUGAAUUUCAGGGAAUGCAACAUCAGAUUGCUCAAGUAGCCACACAGAUUGAAGCUGCAAGGUUGCUAACCUAUAAUGCAGCCCGUCUUGUAGAAGCAGGAAAACCUUUUAUAAAAGAAGCAAGCAUGGCCAAGUAUUAUACAGCAGAGGUUGCAACUCUAACAACAAGUAAGUGUAUUGAAUGGAUGGGUGGAGUUGGCUUCACAAAAGAUUACCCUAUUGAGAAAUAUUACAGGGACUGCAAGAUUGGCACCAUAUAUGAAGGAACUUCAAAUAUCCAGUUGAACACCAUCGCAAAAUGCAUUGCUCAAGAAUACUAAAAUUCAAGAGACUUAAUGACUGACACAGUGAUUAUUUCACAGAAAAUUUGAAACUGCUUGCCUUAACUGGUGGGAUCAUAGAUCACUCCUUAUUUCCUCUUUUUUAAAGCACAGAAAUGUCCACAUGGUGGCAAUUUUACAUCCUUGUACAGUGCCUGAUACAAGAUUGUAGUGGUCUGUACCACCACUACAAUAAUGUAUUAUAUAAUUUUUUCAGAUGUAAUGAAAGAAAAGGUUAUAUACACCCAUCAUUUAAAAAACUAAUUGCUUUUGAAAGCAUGUGCUGAGAGACUAUAGAAUGAAUAACUUCAGUUGAUUCUUGGCUGGUGAAAUUUACCAAGACUGCUUUUAUUUUAUCACAUUUCUCUUUGAAUCUUUGCAUCUGCAUAAAUUUGGGGUGCUUAUUCAGGUGAAUGCACAACACGUUUAAAUAUGAAUUUAUGACAAAGAACUAAGUAUCAAAUCACCCAUGAAGGAAAUGCCUGGAAUUCUGUUCAUACAAGAGUGAUAACUUUUAGUAGUGUACUCUGCAACUUUUGGCAUGCAGUUGACUAAACUACAUAAAUAGUCAGUGAUGGAAAACAUUGAUUCAAUAAGAUAAUGAUACCCUGAAUAAUCAAUUGCCUUGAUUGAUUUUCCAAUUUCAAACACUGUAUUUGGGGAGAGGGAAUUUUGUACCCUAAAGCCACCAGAUUCUGUAUGAUCUUAGAAGCAAAGUAGGGUCAACCCUCAUUAGUAUUCGGAUGGUAGAUUGUCAACAAAUACCAAGUGCUGUAGGCUAUAUUUCAGAGGAAGGAACUGGCAAAACCACCUCUGAAUAUUCCUUGCCUCAGAAAACGCUCUGAAAUUCCUGGGGUUACCAUAAAUCGGCAGGCAACUUGAAGACGCACACGCACAUACACAUUUUUGGGAGAGGUAGAUUUUAUCCCAUGAUUGUUAACAUGGAAUUAUGAGGAAACUGAUACACUGCCAUUCAUAUAGGGUUGUUGGUGUUUAUGGUACUCUUCAGAGGCCACAGAAGCCUAGCAUUCAUUGCCUACUAAUACUCCGAUUAAUAUUGUUGUCAAGGUUCCCUGAAAUACAAAUUGGAUCAGAAAUGUCUUGGAGGAAAAUUCAGGAAACUACAUGACCCAAUGUGUGGAAAGAUGAAGCACUUAUGAAACUCCAUUCUUGAAUGUUUGUACAGAGGAAAACAAAAUAGUGUGGCCUGGUACUGAAGGCUGCAGAAGGAGACAUUUUGGGUAAAUGUUGCCUUGCUUCACUCCAUUUCUCAAGUACAACAUUUUGGGUAGAUCCCUGUAAUUUUCAUCCUGUAGAUCCCUGCAACAGGCUGAGCUUUUUCCAUCUAUGAAAACUGAUUUAUUUUUUACAUAAUGCAUCAAAUAUACAUUUUAUCACAUCCUCAAAUAGUUUGGUUGGGCUGUACGUGUCAUCAAAUUUUUUGUAUACAGAUAAAUUUAAUUCUUUUAAAAUGCCAUUAUGCCAUUUUCUGAGUUAAAGAUACACACACACACACACACACACACACCCCUAAUGUUCAAACUGGCUGUGUUUUUGUAUCACAUAUACAAACUCUACACCUUUUUACUCUGUGAAGUAUAUUGUAAUUUCCAUAUCCUGAUUAUUAAGUUUAUCUGGAAAGUGACAAUGAACCCUGAAAAGUGGAUGAAAUGCAAGGGCAUCUAUUAAGUGAAAGAGGAAGGGAAUGUGGGGGGGGGGGGGGGAUUUCACCUGAGACUACAUCCAAGAUAAAUGACCAAAAUCCCACUCCCCCAGCACAGAGUUGGCCAUGUAUGUUUUUUUCAAAAAGUCAGCUCUGCAAAUGCCAUGGCUAUUUUGGCUCUAAGGUUUCCAUUUACAAAGACCUUUGCACACAAUGACCCUUUCAUGGUAAAGAAGAUAAGAGGAGGAUGUCCAUUAAAACCAUGGAGAUUCCAAAAGCUUACAUGAAUUUUUGUACUCUUUUGUUGUCCUAAUCAAGUUAUUCUCACAACAAUUUUUCUUAGGGUUGACAGGGCUACCUUUGCUCUCCUGGGUCUUAUUUGUAUAUAACAUGCUGGAUAUGGCACAACAGCCCUAGGCAUGUUAACCUAGGUAUCUAGUUAACCUGUUAUAUUUCUAUUCCCAUCCUCUCUCCUAUCUUGUCACCUUUUGCAUUCUAAUGACAAAGCAUAAUGGCAGGCACAAUGCAAGCAUAUUAAUAAGUCAAAUUAUUUGAGAGACUAUAUUGUGGUAAUACUCAUAUUAGAAUGACCAAAAAGGCCCCCAAAAAUGUCUGUGCCAGCUUUUAAAACAAAAAUGUUUAUUUUUCAAAAAAAAAAAAAGCAUACAAGGAUGGGGGAAUGACAGUGUUACAGUCUGCAGUGUGGUUUUGAGAUGGUAUAUGAGGGAGGGUUUGAAGAUUAUCAAGGUUCAUCAAGCUACUCCUGCAAAGGUCCUGGACAUUCUGGGGGGCAAGAAAGGUUGUUAAAAAUAAACAAAUAAAAUGUGGUUCUCCAUUUGAGAAUACAAAUAUAACAUUUUUGCAAGCAGUGUGGCUUUAUAGUUUAAGCUGCAACUCUGCAAGUGCCUUCCUCUGUUCCUUUAAAACACAGGAGUAAAUGGAUUCUCUCAGGCACCAUCCUCUGCACUCUUACAGUGGUGUCUCUAGGGCAGUGUGUGGUGUGUGGACUGCAUCAGGUGACAUCACUAGAUGAGAUCUUUUGCAAUUAAAAUUUUUUUUCAUGCAUGGGGGAAUGUUUUCCCAUCUUUGCUGUCCAGGGUGAUGGUGGCAGGAUGUUAGGUUCUUUAGGAUGAGACCCUCCCCAUGUUCACCCCCAUCCCAGGCUGUCCAUGGGGUGGUGACACCGUGAAUUAUUGCACUGGGUGACACCAAUACUAGUGAUACCACUGACACUCUUUGACUUCAUUGAGAAUGAUCUCUGAGUUUAUAUGAGCAAGUGUUGGGACCAUCAAGUGUUUUAGGAGAAAUAACCUCUUUUGCAACCAUGAGGUUGCAUUCUUAUACUCAGCAGUUAACAUUCCAUACAUAAGGGCAAGGUCUCAUAGAAGUAGUAAACUGUACCACAUUUGUAGUAUGGGGUGAAACCCUUAAAAGAGGUUUACCAUGUGACAAAAAACAGUUACGUGAGGGCACUGUAGUUAAUAAAAGCCGGAAGUAACAUUACAUAGCUGUCCAAAGCUUGGCAUUCACUUUUUUCAACCACAACUCUCAGAAUUCCCCAGUUGGUAAGUCUUUGAAAUUCAGAGUUGUAUUCCAAAAAAGGUAAUUUUUCUAAGCUCUGGGAUCUAUUACAUAUUUAGUGAAAUCAUUUUGGGUUUCUUCAUAGAUUAUUCAGAAGAUUUUAAUACCCUGCUGCUAGAAGACAUUUUUGUGUAUAAUACAAAGGAAACAUAAACAAUUCUAGCUUCAUACUGAUCACUGUGUGAUCAGAGCUGACACAGACAUGUGGGUAAGUUAUUUUAUAUAAAGCAAUUCAUCCUCCUCUUCUGACCCCAAAGAUAUUUAUUUAUUGGGGGAAAUGCAUGAAUAACAAAUAUCAGUGCACUGUUUCCAUGUUCUUUCUCAUGAGACAAUGUAAAGAAAAAGAUUAUUGCAUAAGACUGUAAUGUGGCACAAGAAUUAACCCUAUCUUUUUAUUUUCCAAUGGGAAUCUUGAUCUUGCUCACUUCCCAUCCUUAAACCAGCCACUAGAGGGCCAUCCAUUGAGCAGUAAGCAGGCUGAACAUAACAGAAUCUCCACAGCAGAGGGCACAGGAGAUCUUCCAUACAAGCCAACAAAUAUCUAAAUCAGGCUGCAUCUAGGAUACUGGCAAAGGGGAAAGUUACAGGAAAGUGUGCCAAGGAAGCUUUCCAGCCUAGAAUGAAUUAAAUGUAUUCCUUUUUGGAGUUAAUGUUUCUUAAUUAUCUAAUCUUUUUAGUGACUUGACUUUUCAGAUACUGAAGUCUACAGCAUCUUGCUGUUUUGACUUCUGUCUUUUUGCAGCUGCCUUCAUCCCCCUCCACCCUCAAUGUAGAGAGAUGAAUGUCUUCUCACAAAUGAAGCUGUCUUAGACCAAGUCAGACCACUAGUCUAUCUGGCUUGGUAUUGACUACCUUGAUUACCAACCACUGUCCUGAGGUUUCAGCAAGUGGUCUUUCCCAACAUUACCUGAGAUGAUAAUGAUUGAACCCGGGACAUGGAAAACAUGGUCUUUUCCAUAAAGACAGUCCUAUACAGUUGUAGGACAGGAAAAGAGCUGAAGGACAAUCUUCCUUCCCCAAAGCUCAUUCUCUGCACCAAAUAUUCCUAAAAACCUCUAGUUCAUAUUUGCUUUGCUGAAAUGUCCUUGGAUUGUUUGUGGCAAGAUGUGGCCUUCUCUGUUCUGCAUCAGGCUAUGUCCUGGACAUAGUAAUUGCACUGAAAUGCCCUGUCAAAGCAAAUGUUUUGGGACAAUUGUGAGAUAACAAAUGGAUAUUUAAGCUAUUGGACUACAAUCAGGAUGAGUGAGUGGAAGCCCCUUGCUUAAUUUAGUAGUGUACCACAACACACAGCAGCAAAUUUCUCUCUGGCCCAUUCAUACAAGCAGUAUCGAAAGCCAGCCAGAUUAUUUUGGCACAUAAGGCAAUGAAUUGCCACAAGCAUCUCUCCUUAUCUCUUCCAGUGGGAACAGAAUAACAGAAUGUAACAAAACAUAUUCUGCCUUUUAUGACACCCAAAAUCUGCUGCCUAAGGCAGCCAACUCAUUUUCCCUAAUGAUUGUGCCAUCUCUGAUGUACAAACUUCGUCAACAUUUUCUCUUGUAAGCAACAGAAUCAAUAAACCUCUAUAUUCAGUUCCUA